GGUGAGGGCGGUGGCUGCGGCGGCCGCGGCUGCGACCCAGACAUCUGGGACUGUUGUUCUCUCGCAGCACGCCAGUGUCAGUCAGUUUGCCCAGAGACCGGGACCUGGUCCACUGGUGAGGGGGUGGCUGUAUCCACCUUCUCUCCAGUUUCCUAAAGCUACGGCAGAAGCUGGCACUAACACUUUGCGGUUAGUCUCCGAUGCCCUUCGGUGAGGAGGGGGCGUUCGGACCCUGGUGAACGCACCCAGGCCCCCCAGCGCGGAGUCUCCGUCUGCCCCUCUGGCCCGCACACUCUCCUCUGCUUGCCAUGGCUGAAAACGCCGAGGGGGACCUGAACUCCAACCUGCUCCACGCCCCCUACCGCACCGGGGACCCUCAGCUAGACACGGCCAUCGGGCAGUGGCUCCGUUGGGACAAGAAUCCCAAAACGAAAGAACAAAUUGAAAAUCUGUUACGGAAUGGGAUGAACAAGGAAUUGAGAGAUCGCCUUUGUUGCCGAAUGACUUUUGGGACUGCAGGCCUUCGUUCUGCCAUGGGAGCAGGUUUUUGCUAUAUUAAUGAUCUUACAGUAAUACAAUCAACACAGGGAAUGUACAAAUACCUUGAGAGAUGUUUCUCAGACUUUAAGCAGAGAGGUCUUGUCAUUGGGUAUGACACUCGUGGUCAAGUAACCAGCAGCUGUAGCAGCCAGAGGCUUGCUAAACUCACAGCUGCCGUGUUGCUGGCUAAAGAUGUUCCUGUGUACCUUUUUUCAAGAUAUGUUCCUACACCUUUUGUACCAUAUGCAGUCCAAGAGCUCAAAGCAGUUGCAGGUGUGAUGAUUACUGCAUCUCACAACCCUAAGGAAGACAAUGGAUACAAGGUUUAUUGGGAAACUGGUGCUCAGAUCACAUCUCCUCAUGAUAAAGAAAUUCUGAAAUGUAUAGAAGAAUGUGUGGAACCUUGGAAUGGUUCCUGGAAUGAUAAUUUAGUGGACACUAGUCCACUUAGGAAAGAUCCUCUGCAGGACAUUUGCAAGAGAUACAUGGAAGAUCUGAAAAAGAUCUGUUUUUACAGAGAAUUAAACUCAAAGACUACCUUGAAAUUUGUGCAUACGUCAUUUCAUGGGGUUGGACAUGACUAUGUGCAGUCGGCUUUUCAAGCAUUUGGUUUUAAGCCUCCUAUUCCAGUACCAGAACAAAAAGAUCCUGAUCCAGACUUUUCUACUGUUAAAUGCCCAAAUCCUGAAGAAGGAGAAUCUGUGCUGGAGCUUUCUCUGAGACUCGCAGAAAGAGAAAAUGCGCGGGUAGUUCUUGCUACAGAUCCUGAUGCAGACCGACUGGCAGUGGCAGAACUUCAAGAGAGUGGUCAUUGGAAAGUUUUCACAGGAAAUGAGUUGGCAGCUUUGUUUGGAUGGUGGAUGUUUGAUUGCUGGAAAAAAAAUAAACAAACAAAUGCUGAUGUGAAGAAUGUUUAUAUGUUAGCCACCACUGUCUCUUCCAAAAUAUUGAAGGCAAUUGCACUUGAAGAAGGAUUUCAUUUUGAGGAAACAUUACCAGGUUUUAAAUGGAUUGGAAGUAGGAUAAAAAACCUCCUGGAAAAUGGAAAAGAGGUCCUUUUUGCAUUUGAAGAGUCUAUAGGUUUUCUGUGUGGAACUUCGGUUUUGGAUAAAGAUGGGGUGAGUGCAGCUGUCGUUGUUGCUGAGAUGGCAUCUUACCUGGAGACCAUGAAUGUAACACUGAAUGAGCAACUGAUUAAGGUUUAUUUAAAAUAUGGCUAUCAUAUGUCAAAAACUUCAUAUUUCUUAUGUUAUGAUCCACCUGUCAUCAAAAAUAUAUUUGAAAGGCUUCGCAAUUUUGAUUCUCCAAAGGAAUAUCCAAAAUUUUGUGGAGCAUUUGCUAUACUCCAUAUACGGGAUGUUACCACUGGAUAUGAUAGCAGCCAGCCUAAUAAGAAAUCAGUGCUGCCUGUAAGUAAAAACAGCCAAAUGAUUACAUUUAUUUUCCAAAAUGGUUGUGUUGCUACUCUUCGGACAAGUGGGACAGAGCCAAAGAUAAAGUAUUAUGCAGAGAUGUGUGCACCACCUGACAAGAGUGACAUUGCCUUCCUGGAAGAAGAAUUGAAGAAACUCAUUGAAGCUCUGAUAGAGAAUUUUCUUGAGCCCAGAAAGAAUGGACUGAUCUGGCGUUCUGUGUAGGGCACGUCCAUGCGUUAUGACUUUGUAAUGGCACAGAACAGAGCUACCAAAAACUCCAUGCAUUGAACCUCCUGUUAGCAUUCUCUGUCCCAUUUGGCCAAGUACCUUCUUCCUUUCUUUUUCUUUCUUUUCUUUUUGUUCAACUGGCUAAACAAACUAUCUAAAUUUGAAAUGUAAAUAGAGGGAAAUGAUCCAGAUUUUUUAAUACUUUUGAAUGAAAGUCAUUACAUUAAAAGUGUUCUGGUAACAUCAUUCUUCCUUUAACACAGACAUAACAACAACAAAAGUGAGUUGUCUUACUGAAAAGUAAUUGAUUAAGCUUAGUAAUCCAUAUCUAGUACUUGUGUAUAUAGCAUGGUUUUAAAACAAGCUUUAAAAUAAAUGUUACAUAAUUAUAGGAUUAGAAAUUAAUCCAUAAAAAUGGAAAGAAAUGGUAGUGUUCCUACAUCAUUAUGGUAAAGUGUCAUUGUUACAUCUUAGAUAUUAGUUUAUAAAUCAAAAUAUUUGUAAUAGGGUAGUUAGCAUUUCUAGUUUAGUACAGAUGUUACAAUAUGUGGUUUUGUAUCUGUUUCUGGUGCCCUUGAUGCAGUGUAAAUUUACUGUAUGUAUUUAAAACUGAUGUUUACUGAACAGAAAACAAUAGUGGCAACAUUUAUAGUGGCUUUGUUCUUGUCAAAUUUCUUAGUGCCUUCUCAAGUCUGAUAUGAACUGAAACAGUGUUCCUACACUGAAUAAAAUUUUAUCAAUUUCCAGAUAGUUACAGAAAAUCUUCCAAACUGUACAGGUGCCUCCUCUUUAUCAAGUGAGUUUGUUUACUUUAAAAUACUAUGAUUAGAGCCGGGGAUUUACUUUAGUGGUGCCACUGCCUGCCUUGUAAGCGCAAGGUCCCAAGUUUGAUCCAAUACUAUGAUUAUAUAAGAAGAUCUGAAUGAAAGCAGACUUAAUGUAAUUUUGUUAUGUUUGUAUCAGUUAACCUUUAGGAAAGAAAAAAUUCUGAACUGAUAAAUGAGCUCUGAAUUUAUUUGACAGUCUUAACUUUGGAAUAACAUUUUUGAGAUUUAUUCCUUUAUCUGAUGAAGUAAUGCUAAUUUUAAUGAGGCAUCAAGAUUUAAAUACUAAAACUAAUGUUUAAAGCUAAGGUCCAAGUUAUUCUAACAUUUUGCUAGCUCCUGUUGAGUUUCUGAUCACAUGAGUACUCUUUAUUUGUUUUUAAUAUGGAAAAUUUUUUUAAGAAAGUAACUUUUGGUUGAUUUUAUAAUCAUGAAAAGAUUUAAUAGAGAACUAUUUAAUUUUUGUAAGAUCUAUAUUCUGUCCAAUUUGCAAAAUACACAUAUAUAGCUGGAGUAACAAAAGCAAAGUUUUGGGUAUAAGCACCUAAACAAAUUGCCCACAGGAACAGCACAGGUUUUAGAGAAUUUAUUCCUUAAAAAUUAGUAAUAAAGUCUGAACUUAUCAGAAUGCUGAUUAAAUCACAGUUUGAUUUGUUUUAGCUAUCAGCUAACUUGCUUGAGCUCAUAUAAUUUAAAUAUAAUAAUUUUCAAAUUAUUGUAUUGCCACUAUUGUUAAUUUGUUCCUUCCUUAUUUUAUUUCUAGAUCUUGUAUGAUUGUAGAUAAUAGACAGCUAGCUAAAUGUAGAGCACCAUUUUUUCCUGAAUGAAUUUGUUUUCAAAAGGUUUGCACUGGAGAAGAAAUGUAUAGAAUUUUUUAUUUUAUUUUAAAAUGUGAAAAACACUGUUUUGUUAGCUUUUAGGAAUUUAAAUUGGAAUUUAGCAACAGGCAUAUAUUCUACGAAGUGGUAUGAACAAUGUUAUAUUUGUUUGAAACACUGUAUUUGGAGGGGUUUUUUUGGUACUGGAGAUUGAACUCAGGACCUUAUGCUUGCAAGGCAGGCAUUGGAACCACUGAGCUAAAUCCCCGGCCCCUGUAUUUGGUUUUAGUGUCUGUGUUUCUGUGACCAAAGAACAAAAUGAGGCUAAAUAUACUUGAUAGCCCAUUCAUAAUCACUAGAACCAUGUCAUGAUUGUCUUCUCUUACAAAGAGAACAGUUUUAUUUGGGUGCUUUAAUAUAAUGCAACAUGGAAACCCUCUUUAAGUUGAAGAUUCCUUGGCAUUUGGAUUCUUCUCUAAAAAAUAUUAAAGUCUAAAGUUGAAUUUAACAAAAUUUUAUACAUGUUCAUGAAGUAUAUGGGUUGAAGGCACUAUUUGAUUCUACCUAAACUCUUGAAUCUGUCUGAGAGUGAUAUUUAACAUAAGUUUGACAUAGUAGAUACACACUGCCAUCAGGAUGAGUUCAGUGAUAGCCCAGCAAGCAUAAGUGCUGUCCUAUGGAUGUUAAUUGCAGGCUCUGUGUUGUUCUUUUUUUUUUAACAAUCCCAGAAAUGUAUGAAUUUUCAUUGAACAUAAAAAUAAAAACUAUUUUCUGCAGGGGCAAAGAAAAGAAUGGGGCAAGAUCAAAGCAUAAAUUGGAAAUAAACAGUAAAAAUAGAAAUAUAAAGGCUAAUAAGACAGUACAGGAAAUGUUUCUUGUGAAGAAUAAACCUAACACCAUAAAGGUAGGGAAUAAUGUGGGCAAGGUUGUUCACUUCUGUUUAUUUCUUGGUAUAUUGAAUGGGUAGCCUGUUGUUUUUCUUUAUUAGAGAUCACUAAAAACAAGCCAGUUUUAGGAGGUGGAAAAAUAAGUGUUUCUAUUACAGAUUAAAUUCCUGCUAGGAUGUUGUGUUCAGAAUCAUGUGAGAAGUCAGGAGGAGAUUAAGUAGAAAUAAAAAGGAAUCAAAUAUAGGUUACAAACAGAGACCUGAGAAAAAGUUGAAAGAACUGUGAUCAUUUAACUCUAGAAAGGAGGAAGCUGUUGAGAUCAUUUACUCAAGUACUAAUGUCAUACUGUUUUUAUUUUUUAAUACAUUUUAUUUUAUUUUAUCCCAUCCCCACCUCUCAAGCCCCCUUCCCUCCUGGUGUACAAAAGCUUUGUUUCCAUUUUUUCCUUCUAUUUUCACUUUUUUCUUGUCUCUUCCUUCAGGAGAAAGGAUUUUUUUUAAAAGACAGCAUGAAAUGUUUAAGGUUUAAGAACUUCUUGGGCAGAAUUUGUCAUAAAAUCCCCCAUUUGAAAUCUUUUUUUUUUUUAAUCUUUUUGUUUUAAGGGAAUAAAUUUUUUUUAAUGUUAAGGGAUACACUAAAUGGCUUUUUAAAGGAUCUUUUCUUGCAACACAUAUUUUUAAAAGUUCAGAUUGGAAAAAUCAUGUUUUAAAAAGUACUGAUAGUAACGUUUGGGUUUCAUCAUUAACAUAAAAGAGUUCAGCUCACAAAAUAAUUUUUGUAUAUUUUGAGUAGUAGAUGCAUGAGUGCAAUGAAUAAAAGACCUUCUUGGAUGUUACUUUUUAGUUGACCUUGAAAGAGAAUUAAGUGAGACUACAACACAAUUCUGUUCCUCUUAAAGAAUAUAUAGUAUUAUAGGAUAUUUGGGCGUUUUGUUUUAAAUAUAAAAUAUUGUUAGUUGGAUAAUGGUUACUUCAGCAAAGAGGUUCUGAGAGAUUGGAUAUUUUGUAAUAUCUUCAUACUGAUACAACAGACAUGUUAGCUGGAGUCUAAAGGAGAAAUUGUUCUAUGAACUGCUGCUAUUGAUAUUUUUUCCAAAUGCUUUCCAAUGAUCUUUUUAAUGCUUGAAAGAAACCCAAAUUCCGCUUAGAUGCAAUUAAUUUUUCUCUCUAUCUCCCUCUUUCCCUGGGCACUCUUCAACAUUUUCUACCUAUGAAAAGCUAUUGCUCUGUUACCUCACUGAUAAGAUAUCUUAACUAUUCAUUCAAAAUGUUUUAAACUUAUUUAUAAACUGUUUGCUUAUGGGCUUUUUAUUUUAUUAUCGUCAGAAUAUUUAAGACAUUGUAAGAAGUAAUUUUAAAUCUAUUUCAUAAUCUCUUUUGGUCUGUCUGAUAGCCCUUUAAUUCACUUGUUUUCUGAACUUACUCUAGAAAUUGAUGAGAAAGCCAAAGAGGAGCCAAAGCACAAAAUUUCCUCAAAUUUUUUCACAUAUUUCCCUAAAAGCAUUUUACUCUAAGCCAUAAGAAGUGUAAAUAGAAAGAAGAGAAUGGCUCAUUUUCUGACUCUUUACAAGGCAUAGCUUUAAUUCCAGUGGGAGACAAAAUUAGUGUUGGUUAUUUUCAAAUAUUUACUAUACUGUUACAUUCACCAAGUCAUCUUUCUUCUUUGUUAAUUCAAGACUAUGUACUUUAAUAAGAGAACCUACAAAAAGCAGUGAAGUGAUCAAAAUAGGGACAAAGUGACAUAUCUAGAGUUUGCUUCUCAAUUUUUUUCCAGCAGCAGAACCUUAAAGCAGAGGAGCAUGAAGGGGAAUGAGGCCUGUGAGCAAAAUCAGAAGCAACCCGCCACCGACAUGAAAUUUUGUGUUCUGACUUAUAAGUAAAUUUUGCAUUCACCUUAAUAAAACUUCUAAUAUAGAAGUGAUAUCUUCAAUCUUCACUGAAACUGGUGCUGCCAGACAGGAGCACUGUGUUUAUCAUGUGGCCUCUCAGUAUUUUCUCCUAACAUCUGCAUGCCCAACUGCUGCAUAUCCCUGGGGGACACACACUAACUCCAGUAUGAGAAAGAUGAGCAUAGAUAUAUGGAGGCUAUUCCCUGUACUUCAGAAACUGACCUUCUAAAUUACUGAUUCUAAGGUAAGCUGAUUUGGAACAGUUAUGUUACUGUCAAACCUUAUUAUACAGUCUGAGAUGUUGGCCAAUUUGUUCUCUUUAACUUGACUAAAAAGGAGCACUCAUCAUUCCCUGACACCUUAAAAGAGAGGGAGAAAGAGAGAGAGAGAAGAGCACCCAUUUGCCUGUCAGCUCCCUGAAAGCAAGAAGCAUAAUUUGUAGUUUUUCAUAUCCAUAUAUCUAAUUUACUAUCUGUUUUCAUAGGAAUUAAGGGAUUUUAUUUUAAGGAAGAAAAUAGCUUUUUAAAUUAAAAAAUUAAUUUUUCUAAUUACGUUUUUUUAUGUGACUCUCACUAUUUAGUUUCUGUGGAGAGAGCAAAGCAUCUUUCUACAUGGAAAUUGUAUAUAGUGCCCAGUAUUUUACAUCCAAAGCAAGCUGCUGGCCAGAAAGGCCAAGGAAAUAUCUAUGUAGAUUUGAUACCUAGUCUAAGUGUGAUUUUGAACUUACUAAUAGUACCUUCUAAGUGAGUUACAACUAAUUCGAUACCAUUUGCUCUGUUUUUGCCCAGUGUUAUGAUUCAUCAUGUCCCUUACUUUAUAUUAAAAAGCAAAAGUCUGCUUCUGCAUAUGGUGAGGCCUUCCUGUUAUAGGCUAAAGUAAACUUUGAGUAUACAUCAUUAAAUAUGACAGAUCAAAUAUAUACAGUUAAAAAUGAAUUAUUUUUCUAAGUGUGUAGCAGUAGUUCAAAACUGUACCCCUAUUUUAACAGUUUUUGUCAACAUCCAUUUUUUUCCCCUAUAGAAAUACCAGGGUGAAUUAUAAACUACUGCCUGUGAGAAUUUGCACUUUAUGUAUUUGUGUGUGGAUUUCUUGUAGUUUUAGUCAAAUGAAGUGUUAUCAGUAAUAAACAGGUCUCUUUAUUGGCAUGAAUUUCUGUGCAAUUUUUAUUAUCUUAGAUACUAUGUAGUUCAUAAAGCUUCGUACCCAAAUUGAAAAUGUCUUUUAAAUAUGCAUGACAUAACCUCUGAUGUACUUAGAGUUUAAAUAAAUAUUCUGGCUCAGCACUCAAAUAUUUCAUGAUCGAUUCAUCACAAGUUCCUUAUGUAAGUAGGGAUUGAGAAUGUAGCUCAGUGGUAGAACAUUUGCCUCAUAUGUGUAAGGUCCUGGGUUUGA